AUGGCAGCAAAACCGUGUGUGAUUAAGCCUAUCAUUAGCAAGACGUAUUGUUCUUCUUCUCAGGCUGUGCUUGCGGUAAGGAGGAGGCCACAUGUAAUAAAUGGAGGUGGUUUUGUGGUCACAGAUUGUAGUCAGAAGGUUGCUUUCAGGGUUGAUGGAUGUGGAAUUCUGGGCACGAAAGAUGAGAUGAUUCUGAGGGAUGGUGAUGGAGACGCCUUGCUUCUCAUUCGUCGAAAGGGAGCAAUGGUUGAGGCACUAAGCAUUUACAGGAAAUGGAAGGGCUACACUUUAGACUAUGAAGGAUCACAGGAUCAGUUGGUUUUCUGUUUAAAAGAGCCAAACUCAUGUUUGGCAAGAACUCAUGCAAUCAGAAUCUCCACCAAAGCUAGGCAAAACAAAGACUGGGACUUUGAGAUCAAGGGGUAUUUUCCUGAUAAAGAUUGUAGCAUUGUUGACUCUAAAGGCAACACAAUGGCACAGAUAGGGGUGAAGAAGGAGUUGAUGGCAAGCAAGGAUCUCUACCAUGUUGUGGUGACACCAGGCAUGGAUCACGCUUUCGUUAUCGGGGUCAUUACGAUUCUUGAUUACAUAUAUGGUGAAUCCACUAGGUGCUAG